AUGGACAACUCCAUCCACUCGACUGAUGGACCCGACUCGGUCGUCCCGGGUUCCAACCCCAAAAAGACCGUCGCCCAGCGCAUGCGAUCGCUCGUACGAGCCUUUACCACACGCGACGGCCUCAUCGGCAACUACGACUAUGGCCACCUGUUCCGCCCCGAGCUUCCCUUUAUGACAAAGGAUCCCCGUCCCCCGCCUUUUUUCGGCCUCAACGAGAAAAUCCCCGUCCUCCUUGCGUUCAUCCUCGGUCUCCAGCAUGCUCUGGCCAUGUUGGCCGGUGUCGUCACGCCCCCGCUUAUCCUCUCCAGCUCCCUGAGCCUCUCCCCAGACCUCCAGCAGUACCUCGUUUCCACAGCGCUCAUCGUCUGCGGUCUGCUCUCGAUGGUCCAGAUCACACGGUUCCACAUCUACAAGACACCGUAUUACAUCGGCAGUGGUGUCCUCUCGGUGAUGGGCGUCUCCUUCGCCAUAAUCUCGGUCGCCAGCGGCGCCUUCACCCAAAUGUACUCCAACGGCUUCUGCCAAGUCGAUGCAGACGGAAACAGGCUCCCCUGUCCGGAAGCCUACGGCGCAUUGAUCGGAACCUCGGCCUGCUGCGCCCUGGUCGAGAUCGUCCUUGCCUUUGUCCCGCCAAAGAUCAUGCAGAAGAUCUUCCCGCCCAUCGUCACCGGUCCGACAGUCAUGCUGAUUGGAAUCAAUCUGAUCGGAACCGGGUUCAAGGACUGGGCUGGUGGGUCCGGCUGUAUGGAUGCGAUCUGUCCGAAUGAGGCUGCGCCGCGACCGUUGCCUUGGGGAAGUCCUGAAUUCAUCGGGCUGGGUUUCCUGGUCUUUGUCACGAUUAUCCUCUGCGAGCGAUUCGGUGCCCCCAUUAUGAAGUCUUGCUCUGUUGUCGUCGGUCUUUUGAUGGGCUGCAUCGUCGCUGCGGCUUGCGGGUACUUUAGCCGAACAAACAUUGACGCUGCCCCCGUCGCCUCCUUCAUCUGGGUUAAAACCUUCCCCCUCUCCGUCUACGGCCCCAUGGUCCUCCCCAUCAUCGCCGUCUUCAUCAUCUGCGCCUGCGAAUGUAUCGGCGACGUCACUGCCACCUGCGACGUCUCGCGCCUCGAAGUCCGCGGCGGCACUUUUGAAUCGCGCCUCCAGGGCGCCGUCCUCGCCGACGGGAUCAACUCGGUCAUCGCCGCGCUGGCCACAAUGACCCCCAUGACGACGUUUGCUCAGAACAACGGAGUCAUCGCGCUGACGCGCUGCGCGAAUCGCACGGCGGGGUACUGCUGCUGUAUAAUUCUGAUUGUGGCGGGGAUCUUCGCAAAGUUCGCCGCGGCGAUUGUGGCGAUCCCGAACCCCGUCAUGGGUGGGAUGAAGACGUUUCUGUUUGCAAGCGUGGUGAUUAGUGGGCAGGCGAUUGUCUCCAAGGCGCCGUUUAAUCGACGGAACAGAUUCAUCCUGACAGCGUCGAUGGCGUUGGGAUACGGUGCCACGCUGGUGCCGACGUGGUUUGCGAAUGUGUUCCCGCCCACGGAGAAUCGGGAUCUGGAAGGCUUUGAGAACGCGAUUGAGCUUGUGCUCGAGACGGGGUUUGCUGUUACUGCUUUUGUCGCAAUGCUCCUAAACGGAAUCAUGCCUGCCGAAGUGGAGGAAAUUGGCGCGGUGACUGCAGUACCUGCUCCAUCCCCUUCAGAUCGAAACGGGGAGCCGGAUUAUCAGAGCAAGCAGGCUUAA